AUGGACCUAAGCCAAGGAUCCAAGUGGUCUUUCGAUGAGGUACAAAAGCUCCAGCAAUUGAGGGAGGAGAAUCCUGAGCUCAGUGAAAGAUGCUUUGCAAAGAAAGUUGAAGAUGACUUCCCGGGACGGUCAGCAGGAGCCAUCCGAGGGAAGGUGCGAAAGAUGAAAGAUAAUCUCAAUCCAUCAGACAUUAAGGAAAUCCUAAGUGUCCCUGAGACUCGUCUACUUGCGGUUGUUAUCAGAAAGCGGCGGUCAUCGUCACCAUCCACACAAACAGAGGGCCCGGAUUCUGGUUCAAAACGGCACUGCAGCCAGGACUUGGGCAGCCGAAGUCCGUCCUUUGAACAAGGGCAACCCUGGCAACCGAGCACACCAUUGCCCAGAACUUCACCAAAUAUAGAGCCCCAACCGUUCUCCCCGAGAAUAUUGCAUUUUGAGUGCGAUGUGCCGCACCCGGCAACGCCGUCUCCAGUCACCCGGUAUGGGUUCCUGAGCAGCAUCGAUCAGCAUGCUCCCUGUUCAUCAAGCACCUACAAUGAUGGUGGUGAUAUAGACUUUGAUAGAAGCGUACGGUUACUCCGGCGGCCAUAUCAACGUGUACAGAGCCCGUCUCCCCGUUCUCGGUUGACCGGCAAUACGGAUACAAGCGGAUCUGAAGAUGACAGUGACUCUGGUCCCCACCGUUCUUUCGGCCCCGUUUACUACUCAAGCAGCUCUGAAGGUGUUCCUAGCUUGGACGAUAGACAUGUCACCGAGGAUCCAGUUCCAUCCGAGGUUGAGGUUAAUUAUAAUCGCGGUAAUGAUCCCGACCACCAAAAUCAAUUGGUGGAAGUUGAGAAUGAUCCUGGGCCGCGAAACGCCCCAUCCAGUGAUAAAGAUGACAAUAUCCCCCGCGACACAAAUUUCAGUAAUCCGGAACCCAUAGACUCGCCACCUUCUUCUAACCCCCCCAGUCACGUUACUCCGUCGAGGACAUUACGUACUACGGCCUACGUGGAUAUAUCCCAGCCGGUCGACAUGAGUGAUUUCGCUUCCAGAAGAACCGAAGCCUCAGUUGCCGGUGAGCUAAGAGGCUCUGUCUUUCAAGGUCACGCUACACGAAACGAUAACCUUCAGGCCAAUGAACCUGGCAAAAUUCCCCCACAGGAGGAUAUUGGAUUACUUACUACAAGGAAAGGGAGGGCGGAACUAGCCAAGGAGCUCGAGGCUGAGAGACAAGCGAAAUUAGUUCUUGAGCAGAAGGUCCUAAGUUUGGAACGCGAGCUCCAGCGAGCCAUUUCCGCUCAGGAGGAGAGCGAAGCGCGUCUUGAGGUGGCAGAAAGCAAUCUACGGAUUACGAUGAUGAAAGAGUCCUCCGUGUCCGAACAACUCAAGCAGCUUCAUAAGUGUAUGAAGAAUCAUGAGGCAGAAUCUAAAGCGAUCUGUGAGUUGGUGGCCCAUAUGGCGAGCCUAUGA